AUGAUGCUUCCAAUGAUUCGUUCCGCUUCUGUGCUUUACCGAAGCACAUCGACGAAGCUGAAUCCUAUUGCGAUUGCGGCGUUGAAUCGUACUCGCUCUGAACCAGUUGAUCGAAGUGCCUCGCAGUUGGUUCCUGUGAGAACGGCUUCAAGUGCCGUUGCCGUGAACAGAGGAAAACAUUGGGCAUUCGAGAGAGUCAUAACUUUGGGGCUUGUUGGGCUGAUCCCCGCAUCUUUCGUUGUGUACCAUCCAUCCAUGGACUACAUCCUUGCGAUGGGUCUGUGCCUGCAUUCUCACUGGGGACUGCAUGGAGUUUGUGCGGAUUAUAUUCGCCCGAAAUUGUUCGGCGCUGCGCUUGCGAAGCUGGCAGAAGUCAUCGUAUACAUCCUCUCUUUUUUGGCAUUCGGAUCUGUCAUGUAUUUCAAUUACACCGACGUCGGAUUGAUUCCUGCCUUCAGGAUGCUGUGGAAGUUAUAG